GCCUACAUCGCCCUGGGCAUCCUCGCCACCGCGCCAAUCUAUAUUGGGUCCUGGGCGUCUAUCAAGUUUCUUAAAGAGAAGAAAAGAGGCAAAAGAUCAUCCACACCCGACUCAGACGACGAAACCGCCGACGAUGACCAAGAAUACUUCAGUCUCGAAGACGCGUACAUGUUCCCCAUCUUUGGCUCCGCCGCACUCCUGACGCUCUACCUCGUGUUCAAGUACCUCAACAAGGAAUACUUGAAUGCACUGUUUACCGCCUAUUUCUCGAUUCUGGGUGUCGGGGCGGUGUCCAAGAGUGCGUUAGAUUUGACGAGGUACUUAACGGGGUGGAGAAUUAAGGGUGAUUAUCGGGUGGAUUUGUGGAAGAAGCAGAAGGAAAUCGCCACCUACCAUUUCGGCGGCUUCCACUUCUUCGUCAUUCUCCUAGCCAUCGUGAUCGCAGGCUCGUACGCCUUCACGAAACACUGGGUCCUCAAUAAUAUCUACGGUGAAGCAUUUGCAACGUCCGCCAUCCGCCUUCUCAACCUGGACUCCUUCAAAACCGGCAUCGCCCUCCUCUCCUUCCUCUUUUUCUACGACAUCUUCUGGGUGUUUGGCACCGACGUCAUGGUCACCGUCGCCAAGGGAUUUGACGCGCCCAUUAAGGUCUUGUGGCCGAAGGAUAUCGUCGGGAUGUUGCUGCACCCGUCCACGUUCUUCAAGACGGAGGGUCUACAGUUUACCCUGUUGGGAUUGGGCGAUAUUGUCAUCCCGGGCAUUUUCGUGGCGCUGUGUCUGAAGUUUGACCACGAUCGCUUCCUGGCCUCGCCUGCGGGUAAGAAGAACAAGUACGCGAGGAAGUUCCCCAAACCGUAUUUCACCGCCUGCUCCAUUGCGUAUGUCACGGGCCUUGUGACCACUGUGGUUGUCAUGCACAAUUUCCAGGCUGCCCAGCCCGCCCUCCUGUACUUAUCCCCCGCCUGCAUCAUAUCGGUCCUCCUCACCGGCUUCCUGCGGGGCGAGCUCAAAGAAGUCUUCGCAUUCGAACCGGGC